AUGGCGGAGCACAAGCGUACAGUUUCCACCCUCGUUCUCCUCCUCCUCCUCUCCUUCUUCUCGGCGUCGACGAAUGCCACACGGCCACCAGCAACGCUCCGCAUCCCCGUCGUCCACCGCGACGCGGUCUUCCCGCCGCCGCCGGUCGCCAGCCGGGGUAACCUCCUAAGCCGCCGCGCGGCGGGCUACGCCACCCUCAAGGCGUCCCUCUGCCUCCGCCGCUCCUCCGCGCACAACGACCGCCUCCACUCCCCAGUCAUGUCCGGGCUCCCCUUCGACAGCGGCGAGUACUUCGCGUCCGUCGGCGUGGGCACCCCGUCCACCACCGCGCUGCUCGUCAUCGACACCGGGAGCGACCUCAUCUGGCUGCAGUGCAAGCCCUGCCGCCGCUGCCACCGCCAGAUGAGCCUGCUCUACGACCCCAAGGGCUCCAGCACCUACCGCCAGAUCCCAUGCUCGUCGCCGCGGUGCUUCCCUCGCCAGGGCUGCGACGGCAGCACCGGGGCCUGCGGGUACACCAUGGUCUACGGCGACGGCUCCGGCAGCAGGGGCAACCUCGCCACCGACAGGCUCGUCUUCUCCAACGACACGUCCGUGGACAGCAUCGUCAUCGGGUGCGGCCACGACAACGAGGAGCUGUUCGACUCGUCGGCCGGGGUGCUGGGCGUCGGCCGCGGCGCCGGCUCCCUGGCGACGCAGGUGGCGCCGACCUACGGGCGCUACUUCGCCUACUGCCUCGGCGACCGCACGUCCGUCGCGCGGAGCAGCGGCUCCUACCUCGCCUUCGGCCGCACGCCGGAGCCGCCGUGCACGGCCUUCACCCCGCUGCUGUCCAACCCGCGGCGCCCCAACCUCUACUACGUGAACAUGGCCGGCUUCAGCGUCGGCGGCAAGCGGGUCACCGGGGGCUUCUCCAGCUGCAGCCUCUCCUUGGACCCGGCGACCGGGCGGGGCGGCCUGGUGGUGGACUCGGGCACGUCCAUAUCGCGGCUCCCCAGGGACGCGUACGCGGCGCUGCGCGACGCCUUCGACGCGCGCGCGGCCGCGGCCGGGAUGCGGAGGCUGGCCCGGGGCAUGUCAGUGUUCGACGCGUGCUACGAGCUCCGAGGCGCCAGCGUGCCGGCAGUGACGCUGCACUUCGCCGGCGGGGCGGACGUGGCGCUGCCCCCGGGGAACUACUUCAUACCCGAGCAGGGCGGGAAGUACCACUGCCUGGCGCUGGAGGCGACGGACGACGGGCUCAGCGUGCUCGGCAACGUCCUGCAGCAGGGAUUCCGGGUCGUGUUCGACGUCGAGAAGGAGCGUGUCGGGUUCGCUCCAAAUGGCUGCUAA